AUGUCCCCGCAAAAGAAGAAAGCCGCAACCCAGAACAGCAGCCCGCCAUCCGAGGACCAAAGCCUCGAUGUGACCCUCAACAUCCCUGUGGUCAAAUCGGCGGAUGAUUAUAAGGAUUUCGUCAUCGCAGGAUUAAAUCCAGGAGAACAAGCGCAAUCCCUGGAAUGGCUCAACUCCUUCGCCAAUGACCAUCGACAGAAGGUGAAGAAAAUUCUGAGACAACCAAAAUCAAGAACGGCUAAGAAAACUAUUGUGACUCCAGGCUGCAGCUUGAACCCGGAUUACAGACCAUUAAAGCCAUUUAAGAUACCUGAUUAUUACAUAAAGACUGGCAUUUAUAGAGAUUAUAUAAGUCCCGUAGUUCUGUCGAAUGGUGAGAAGGUGGAAUAUGACAUAACUAAGGAGGAUUUGGAAUUCUUGGAAUCGGAGAUGAGCGCUGGGAAGCUGGGUAUGACUCCGAUUGAGUUGGAGGAGUUGUUCAUUCGUGCUAUAUAUCGAUGGGAGUGUUCAACUGGGUAUGGACCGAUUAUUAGUGGAGAGCAGGCGUUGGAUAUUGUUUCGGUCAUGGUGUGUGAUCCAUUGAGUUCUACUGACUUUUCUUCAUCUAUGAGUGGAUUGUUAGUAGGCCGAUUGAUGGCAGAUUUCCGGCUUAUAUAUGACUACUGGGUGAGUCGAAGGAAGAUACUGGGUCGCGCUUUCUGCAGACGGUAUUGGGGGGUGAUAGCUAACCGACCGCAAGCUUAUUGUGUGUUCCAGGUUGGUGGUAACCUUCAAGGUGGUCGAACCCGACUUAGCGUGCGGAAUAGGCCGAAGAAGAACGAGCAGAAAUUGGUACAGUUGAAGGAGGACUUAGUUAAAGUUGAGAGUCUAUUGGAGAAGGUCAUUUGUCGAGACAAGCUGAAAAUCACUAUAGGGGAGCUAAAUGCUUGUAUUUUCGAUCAGAUGAAUAAGGAACUUAUCGAUCCCACUUACGUCUCACCUUACUGGACUUAUCUCAAGAAAACGAUCGGGAAAAAUGACUCAGAUAAUCCGAGCCCAUACAUUCAUCCUAAAAACUUUUGCAUUGUUGCUUCCUCUCAACAACCACUAGAAGACAACGAAGCAAACCCCGACAACGAAGCAAACCCCGACAACGAAGCAAACCCCGGCACAACACUGACUGGUGCUGCUGGUGCUGCAGCACUGACCGGUGGCUGUGUUACGACGACCCUAGGAGUGGCGCUAGGGGUUGGCGAGCUGACCAGUGCAGCAGACUUAGGGACUCGAGGCACUCCUCAAAACAAAACACCUGUCCGUGUACAACCACCUCUCCGUGUACAACCGCCGCUAUCCUCUACUCUAUCACCCGCCUUCAUCGUCGGUGGCAAGGGAAUGGGAGUACCCCUCGUACCCAUCCCGCACCCUUCAUUCAGCAAAAGGGUUCGCCUAACCACGGACGGCUUCACUACGGCAAUUAUCCACCAAAGCGCGGACGGAGCACCCGAGGUCGGUAUGCACCUCUACAACAGCAGUCAUGACGUCUGUGCCACCGAGGCACUCGCCAGAACGGAAACUGCCCGCCUCUUUGACAUACUCGAAGCCGCCACGGAACUCGGACUCAGGCUCAAAGGAGGCGGAACGACCGCCACUCAGAAUAAUUUUGGUACGAGCAAUGGAAGCAAACUCAGCAACCGGAGGAUGCUAGACACGUAG